CCCAACCGAUGAUUCAUGAAUUGGAAAAUUUGAAUUUUAUUUGCUUUUUCCUAAUGUUAUUGAAUUUAGUUGAAGUUUAUUUGAGUCAUGGAGAGUGAUUAUGAUUGUUUGAUAGUUUUGAAAAUUCCUUGUAGGAUCUGUAAUCUGCUUAAAAUUUCUAUUAUAAUGUAACCUCCUUUUCUGUUUCUCCUUGCCCUAAUAUUUUGUUUCAUCAUAAUGCUAUAUAUAACUUCGUUCAGCACACUACAUGUCGUGAAUUUUUUGAUUUUAUUUCAUUAUGCUACUGGUGCCUUAAGACCUCGUGGUGUGCCUUUGCCAACAAAAAUAUUUUACGAUCCAAGUCAACAGUUUCGUUGUUUAGAUGGAUCAGGAUCAUUUCCUUUCCAUUUUGUAAAUGAUGACUUUUGUGACUGUGAUGAUGGAUCUGAUGAGCCAGGAACAUCUGCCUGUGCAAAUGGUGUUUUUAGCUGCUUGAAUCAUGGACAUAAAGCAGUCACUUUGCCAUCCUCUAGGGUGAAUGAUGGCAUUUGUGACUGUUGUGAUUCAAGUGAUGAAUACAAUAGCCCCGUUGACUGCUUCAAUCAUUGCAAAGAACUCGGGCAAGAAGCAUAUGAUGCUGCUAAAAAAGUGCAUGAUAAUUUUUUGAAAGGUCAAGAAAUUAGAAAUGAAUAUAUUAAACUUGGGAAGGAAAAGAAAGAAGAAUAUCAGCUUCUUUUAGAUGAAUUGCUAAAGCAAGAGGCUGAGGCAAUUAAUGUGAAAAAUGAAAAACAAGAUGAAAAAGAAAAUGCUGAAUCAAGAGAAAACAUUAUUCUCAGCAAGGAAAGGGAAUUUAAGAAAGCACAGCAAAAGCGCAUUGCUGCUGAAAGACGCUUACUGCUCGAACAUCAGCAGCAAGAAGAAGCCGAAGGUGUGAAAGCCUUUUCAGAACUUGAUUUAAACAAGGAUGGAAAGCUUACUCUAGCAGAAGUUAAAUCUUGCAUUCGUUUUGAUUAUGACGGUGAUGGUAAAGUGUCCAACAAUGAAGCGCAGUUUUAUAUGCAUAAAAAAGAGGAAAUGAAAUUAGAGGAUUUCUUAGCUUCUGGAUGGAAGAUAAUGAAGCCUGCAUUCACCAUUCAUGAAGCUAAUGAGGAGCCUCCCAAAGUGAAGCCUGUUGAUGAUUCACGAAGUCCAAAGCCUGAAGUUAAAGAAGAUAAAGAACCAGAGCACCCACAAGUAAUUGCAAAUUCAACUGAGAAGGAUGAUAUUUUGAAAGAUGCUGCAAUGGCCAGGAAAGAAUUUGCUGAUGCAGAUAAGCUAGUACGAGACAUCCAAGCUGAAAUUUGGCUUUUGAAAAGAAAAUUAAAAGCUGAUUUCGGUGAAGAAGACGAAUUCCUGGUCUUGGAAAAUGAAUGCUUUGAGUUUUCCGAGAAGAAGUAUCUCUACAAAUUAUGUCCCUUUGACAAAGUGGUCCAAAUGGUUAAAGUUAACCAAGAUGAAGCACUUCUUGGGCUUUGGGACAUGUGGAGUGGUCCAGAUGAUGACCCUCACCAACAAAUGAAGUAUUCUCGGGGAGCUUCUUGCUGGAAUGGGCCAACUCGUUCCUCUCAGGUGAAUCUUAAAUGUGGAACUGAAAAUAAAGUGACUUCAGUUAUUGAAUCCUCGCCAUGUACUUAUGUAUUUGAAUUUACCACACCAGCAUCAUGCAAAAAAAUACCAGACUAUAUAAAUGAUGUUCUGAAAGAUGAUGUUGUAUUUCUUUAGUUACAAGUAAAGUAUGUUCAAAUGGAUAGUCAAUUUACCCUGAGCUAUUGCAGAUCACUUUUCCAUUUUUUAAAUUAUUGUUGCUGCUCUUCAUUCACUCCUGUUGUCUCCAAAAAUUUAAAUAUUUGUUCAUGUGCCUAAAGUGUUAGAUAUGAAUGAUUAAACAGUUCUGUCUAUUUUUAAAGUAAAUAUAUAUUGUAAACUCAUUAAUGUUUAAAUAUAUUGCUAUAAUAAAAUGUUGAGCAGUUGUUAUUUGUUACAAAUAUAUGUCCAUUUGUUGGUGUAAUGUUGUUGUUCAAAUUGUAACAAAUGUCUUUUUUUAUUUUUUAAAUGCUGGUCUAGAUUUUUGUGAGAAAUACUGAAUUUCUUCAUAAGAGCUUUAUGUUUGUUUUUUGUGAUAUGUUGACAAGCCUUCCACAUUUACACAAAUUAUAACUAUGAACGUGUUUGGAACAAUAAUUCUCAACCAUUGGUUUGGCACUAGUCUUCAGAAAAUUUUGAUCAGUCCUCAGAUUUUAGCCUGUGCAAAAAAAGAAGUUUUCGGAUUGGAAAAACACAUAAAUUAGUUGUGUGGAAAUUUGUUUGUCAAAACUUUGGGAUAAAGAAUCCAUACUUUUGUUUUAGAAGGUUUGUGACAUUAUAGUGUACUUACACUUGUUACAUUUGUUAAAACUAGAGUAGGCUUAUUAGUUGUUUUUAUUUUAUUUCUUAAUUAUUUUUUAAAGGUUUGGAGAUAUCAAGAAAAAUUAUUAUUUGCCCUGAUAUUUGCAUAUUGUUAUAAAUAAAUGAUAGGGUAAAUAAUAUUACAGUAGACUCGGCUUAAUAGGAUCAGAAUUUGUGUUAUCAAUUGCUUAUUGUUAUCAAAACUACUCGGUUUCGAUUUUCUCUAUUUUACAUGUAUUCUUUUCUAUACUCUAUUGUAUAUUAUCACUUUAUGUUAUCAUUAGAUUGUUUAAUGUCAUCAAUUUUA